CAAAAGGGUGUGGAUUGAAUCAGUCUUUGCCACGUUUUCACUCAUGCCUAUGACACUCAUUCUUAUCUUGAUUCGCAUUUCUAUAAAUAGCCAAAGGAGCUGCAUCGGUUUCAGAUCAUCCUAUGCAGUUCCCACUUCCCAGUUAUCAGAAGUUGCAGUUGUGAAAGAAGAUUUGAGUGUGUCGAAGCGUUUUGGAUUCAAGAGAAGAGACUCAGUGAUUUGGUCAGGGACGACCUGGUGAACACACUUGGGAGAAAAGAUGGGGAGAGGUGUCGUUUUCGCCAGUUGCCUAAUUGUUGCAAUGCUAGCUUGCCUAGGAGGUGCGGCAGCGACGCAGUACGUCGUGGGCGGUAGCCAAGGUUGGACUGCGCCGCCAAACAUCACGGUCGGGUAUUAUGACGAGUGGGCCGCCGGCAUACCUUUUACUGGCGGAGACAUUUUAAAGUUUGUGUGGAAUGGGACACACAACGUCGCGAAUGUAUCAAGAGAAGAAUACGACAGCUGCACAAAAGUGAGCUCGGUUUUUCAGGGUGGCGAUGCAUUCAGUUACCCACUUCCAGCAGAUGCGAAUGGCCUGUAUUACUUCAUUUGCACCGUCGAUUCCCACUGCCAGAACGGGCAGAAGCUUGCCAUUACUGUUGUAAGCCCAACACCAACUGAGUCACAGAAUAGCUCGGCUUCCCCGACCGCCGUCGGUGCCUUAUCCGUGCUAGUUCUCUUAUCAUCAAGCAUUGUCUCGACGUUUAUGAACUAGAUUUGGGUCAUAGAGGCGGACCAUAUUGUAAUUUUCUUGUUCUGAUUGUUCAUAUUCUUGUCUUUGUAUGGAAUAAAAAGAGUGUCCUGUAUGUUUUAGUGAGCCUUCGUAAUUGAUUAGCUCACAGGCAAACAGUGAUGUUAGCUUUCUUAAUCAAUGAAGCUCCUUAGUUUAAGCA